AUGGAGCAGUUGUCGGCCCCAUCCAGCAGUGAACAGAAUGUGCAGAGACUGGCUGCUAAAAGUUCUUAUGCUGCCGACAUUCUCAAAAAUGUCGUUGCAAUGGCAGAGGAUUGGCAAAAGAUAUAUAAGAAGGUCAACCGCUACAUGCAACAGGUGAAACUAAUUGUCACCUGGAAACGAGGAUGUGCAGCCUUGAAGAUGGUGGGGUCGGCAAGCAAAACUGUCGGGAGUGUUCUGGUAGUGGCAGCCCCUCUACAUCCAAAGUUGAGACUGGCAGUGAAAGUUGGGCACAAACUGUGGAAGUUGGGUGCUGGUCUGAAAAUCCUCACUGCUGUAGGAAAUAUGUUGAGAGAUCUCUGGCAGGCCGGAUGCAGACAGUCUGUGCUAGAGUUUGUGACAGCAACUGCUCUGUUGACUCGUAACUUGGGUGUCUUCGGUGAACUGAUUCGGGAUCUACAAGACUGUGUACAGCCCUUCUGCAGCAGCAACAUUACCCAGACUUCAGACCAAGUGCUCAGUCUCUUGAAGCCAUUUGUCCCCCAGGAUCAGCUGCAGUAUGUCACACACGUUGUCAAUAUCAUCUUCCACAGCAACAGUUACUCCCCUUUGUUUGACCUUAUUCUAACCUCCCCUGACCUGGGCGGCGAGAGAUCAAACACUGUUCAGCUUCUGCAAGAGAUAGAAUCCUUCAGGUUCACAGAAUUUGUCCAACAGGGCGGCAGCCAUUUUCUUGUGGCCAUUGGAAGUUUUCUUCAUGUCAGUCGUGAGCUCUUGGACUUUCUGGAUGGCUUUCAGAAAGUCACGGAGCAAGAUUGUAGGUUUCUGUACGAAUGUUUAACCAGGUUUAACCAGGAGUCUCUGGGUGUCCUGCAGGCAGCCACAGUAUUGACCCACUUGGGUCACGUCAGAGCACAACACGUCUCUCCUGUUAUCAAGUUUUCCCAUCACAGUAGCACUCAUCCGCAACCACACAACAGCAGCACCCACCCAAACAACAGUAGCAAUCACCCACACAACAGUAGCACUCAUCCGCAAACACACAACAGUAGCAAUCACCCACACAACAGUAGCACUCAUCCACAUAAUAUUAGUACCACAUAA